GUGUGACUGAAAAUGCCUGCGCUGUAGAAGAGAGAGAGAGGGGGGCCGUGUCGUGAAAGGUAGUGUACGAAGCGGUUAAGUGUGUAUUUCUUGCUAACAACUCAAAGAGACGGGUAUAAGUACUUAAAAUAACGAGUUUGUAUCGACUUUUACGUUGAUUUAAUCGGUUUGGUAGAAAAUUGAGCUGAAGACGUGAGGGCUGCAUUCGUUUCGCUAAACUUUCCUAAGAAUUUCCACGAAUCAGGUGAGUGGACUCGGUCAUCAUGGCGCAGUGGAACCAGUUGCAGCAGUUGGAGACUCGAUACCUGGAGCAGCUGUAUCACCUGUACAGUGACAGUUUUCCGAUGGAGCUACGACAAUUCCUCGCUCCAUGGAUUGAAAGCCAGGACUGGGCUUAUGCUGCUAACAAAGAGUCCCAUGCCACCCUGGUCUUCCAUAACCUCCUGGGUGAGAUUGAUCAGCAGUACAGCCGUUUCCUGCAGGAGAAUAAUGUUUUGUAUCAGCACAACCUGCGACGCAUCAAACAGCACCUCCAGAGCAAGUACCUGGAAAAGCCCAUGGAGAUCGCCCGGAUUGUGGCCCGCUGCCUGUGGGAGGAGCAGCGGCUGCUUCAGACCGCCACCACUGCCACACAGGAUGGUCAGGCGGCACACCCCACUGGGACAGUGGUCACAGAGAAACAGCAGAUUCUGGAGCACAACCUUCAAGACAUCAGGAAACGUGUUCAGGAUAUGGAACAGAAGAUGAAAAUGCUCGAAAACCUGCAGGACGACUUCGAUUUCAACUAUAAGACCCUCAAAAGCCAAGGAGAGUUGUCCCAGGAUCUGAAUGGGAACAGUCAGGCUGCAGCGACCCGACAGAAAAUGGCUCAACUUGAACAGAUGUUGAGCGCUUUGGACCAGCUCAGACGACAAAUCGUGACAGAGUUGGGGGGGCUCCUGACGGCAAUGGAUUACGUCCAGAAGAACCUGACGGACGAGGAGCUGGCCGACUGGAAGCGGAGACAGCAGAUUGCCUGCAUCGGGGGACCACCCAACAUCUGCCUGGACCGCCUCGAGACAUGGAUCACGUCGUUGGCCGAGUCUCAGCUCCAAAUCCGGCAGCAGAUCAAGAAACUGGAAGAGCUUCAGCAGAAAGUCUCAUACAAAGGAGACCCCAUAAUCCAGCACCGGCCAGCUCUGGAGGAGAAGAUCGUCGACCUGUUUAGGAGUCUCAUGAAGAGUGCGUUUGUGGUGGAGAGACAGCCGUGUAUGCCCAUGCAUCCAGACCGGCCCCUGGUCAUCAAAACAGGAGUGCAGUUCACAAAUAAAGUCAGAUUAUUGGUUAAGUUUCCAGAGCUCAACUACCAGCUGAAAAUUAAAGUUUGUAUUGACAAGGAAUCUGGAGAUGUUGCUGCCAUUCGUGGUUCACGUAAAUUUAACAUCCUCGGCACCAACACCAAAGUUAUGAACAUGGAGGAGUCCAACAAUGGAAGUCUGUCUGCAGAGUUCAAACAUUUGACCCUAAGAGAGCAGAGGUGUGGUAACGGCGGUCGCACCAACAGUGAUGCCUCUUUAAUCGUCACAGAAGAGCUGCAUCUCAUCACUUUUGAAACCGAAGUCUAUCACCAGGGUCUGAAGAUUGACCUAGAGACCCACUCACUACCAGUUGUUGUCAUCUCCAACAUCUGCCAAAUGCCAAAUGCCUGGGCGUCCAUUCUGUGGUACAACAUGCUCACCAACCACCCAAAGAAUGUGAACUUCUUCACCAAACCUCCGGUCGGGACAUGGGACCAAGUGGCUGAAGUCCUGAGCUGGCAGUUCUCCUCCACCACCAAAAGGGGGCUCACUAUUGAACAGCUCACUACACUGGCAGAGAAAUUGUUGGGACCUUGUGUGAACUACUCUGGAUGUCAGAUCACAUGGGCCAAGUUCUGUAAGGAAAACAUGGCAGGGAAGGGCUUUUCUUUCUGGGUGUGGUUGGAUAAUAUCAUUGACCUGGUUAAGAAGUAUAUCCUCGCAUUGUGGAACGAAGGUUAUAUCAUGGGUUUUAUCAGUAAGGAGCGGGAAAGAGCGAUCCUGAGCCCAAAACCUCCCGGGACAUUUUUGUUGAGGUUCAGUGAGAGCAGCAAAGAGGGCGGCAUCACUUUCACAUGGGUGGAGAAGGACAUCAGCGGUAAGACACAGAUCCAGUCGGUGGAGCCUUACACCAAACAGCAGCUCAACAACAUGUCGUUCGCUGACAUCAUCAUGGGCUACAAGAUCAUGGACGCCACCAACAUCCUGGUCUCACCGCUGGUCUACCUGUACCCAGACAUCCCCAAGGAGGAGGCUUUCGGCAAAUACUGCAGACCAGAGGCUUUACCGGAGCCAGGGGACGGAGGGGGAGACUCCACCAGCAUAACCCAGCCAUAUUUGAAGACCAAGUUCAUCUGCGUUACCCCGUGUCCCUCGGUGUUCAUGGACCUACCGGACAGUGAUCUGCUUGGGAACGGAUUCCCAGGCACAAAUUCAGGGAACACCAGCGACCUGUUCCCCAUGUCUCCUCGUACUCUCGAUUCUCUCAUGCACAACGAGGCAGAGGCCAGUCAGGGACAUCUUGAGUCGCUGACUUUAGACAUGGACGUAGCGUCACCGAUCUGAAGUUACACCGCUCCCCUGUUUUAAAGUAUUGUUUAUUUUUGUGGGUGUAAGAUUAUCAUUAUAACCCAUUAUUUCACCCCCUGUACAUAGUUUUUGCUUUGAUUGUACAAAAUUGUCCGAUUUCACUUAUUAUUUUAAUGGAUUUAAUUAUGUUUUUUCAAGGCAUUGCCACUUUUUGAUGGUUUAAUUCAAUGGUGUACAAUUUUACUUUUACUUCUCUAGUGCUGCAACACACACAGCCCUUAACACAGCUACUACUGUGGAUAGAAACAUAUUUUUAUUAAAUCAGGUAUUUUAUGCAAUAUUGAGACAUGAAUGGAUUUCUUCACAUAAGAUUGUCGUAGUAAUCAUUAAAUGUGGUAUAAGCUACUUAUAAUGCCUCUUGGGAAAUUAACAAUUUUUGUAUGUUUAGUCCAAUUAUCUCUAAAGGCGAAGGGUGCUAGAAAGACGAGAAACCAUUUAAAAUACAGUAAUGCGCAAAAGUUCAAUUCAGUUUUGUUAGAUUAUGUUUCGGUCUGGACUAAUGUUGAGUUAUUUGCGUGACAGGAUCAAUGCCUUCACAGAGGUCUCUCAAGUGCUUUUGAUCUUGUUUCUAAAAUUAUAACCUUAAAGGGGGGAUAUUAUCCAAAAAUUAUCCGAUUUAUUUUUGCUCUCCACCAUGUUAUAACAGUGUCCCCUCAUCAAAAACGACUAAAAAGGUUUGAGAUGUCAUCCAAACAUGUUUAAGUAAUUUAGCAAUCUCUCUCAGGACCUAUUUAAACCCUCCUUACGGUUAGCUGUAACAUUCUGUCCAAGGCUCCGCCCACAAGCCUACGUCACCCAUACUCUCACAUGACAGUUUUCUAAAUAUACAAAAACAUGAUACAAAACUGUACACAACAACUUCACAAAACUGAUGUGAUGUGCAGUAGUUUCAUUAGCAGCAUGCAGGGCGAGUGACUUAGCACAGGGAGCAAAGGGAGAGGAGACAUAAACAAAAGUGAAACAUGUUAAUAAUCGUUGUUUUGGGCAAAUAUAGCAUUUUCAAAACAAUAAAAUGAAACGUGGUGGUCUAAAUAUGUUCUGCGUUACAGUUAAUACCCCGUAGACGUAAAAUACCCCUCUUUAAUUUGCUCUCAAAAACCUGUUAGUUUUGCACAAACCUGUACAUUUUAACAGCAUUUUAGUGGUUGUUCUAAAUAUUGCACUGUAGUAAUCCUUUUGUGUGCAUGAGUGGUGCAGUGAAUUGAGAUUUUACCCACAAACCAGACGGUAGCUAGUUCAAACCUUGCCCACAUGUUUGUUGUGUUCUUGGGCAAUGCACUUCACACACUCUCGCCAAAAUAAGUGAUGCUGGUUGCCACAGGGAGGGCAUCUGGCGUAGAAACACCUGCCACAUCACCUUGCGGUCAUCUUGGCAACCCAAACUAUAUAAAAAAUCAUGUUGAAAGAGCAAAUAUUACGCUAUUUUCUGAUCUUUGUUCUAAUGUUGUUUCCUCGUCACAAACAGACCUGGAGUUGUGUUUUGUUUGUUUUUGAUGAUGUAACGACAUUAUAACGUUGCUUAAAGCUCACAUGAGUCCAUUUUGUGUAAUAUAGGACCUUUAGUUGAAACGUGUAUAUUGCACUAGCUUCACUGUUGCCCUGUUCUCGCCUUCACUCAGUAACUUCUUGUAUUGUUAUUUUUGUACUGUAUGAGUUGGUAUAAAAUAUAUUGUGAAAUGUGUAAUACUAGCCUAACAUGUUUAUCCCUGUAUCUAUGUUUCCCUCAAUGAAACCAUGUGAAAUACUGUAAGUUUGUUGACAGAGGGUAAUAAAAAUGGUAGCACUA